AUGUGAAGUCAUAGUUUCACCAGGACAACAGUCGUUUACCCAACUGUAGAUGUCACACGGCUACGUCCUGGUGACAUAACCCCACCCUGAAAUCAUCAAACUCGGAAGCGGCGAGCCAAUCCCAUCUCAGAUCAUUCCUCCGCCAUUUUCUCCCUCUUCUUCUCCUCCUCUCUCGUCGAACCCUAUCCUUAACCCCUAAUCUUCCUCGCCGAAAGUUACCCUCCUUCCUCAUUUCUACGUUGAAUUCCCCACUCGAAUCUGCCAUUGGGGACCCCGACUCGUCUUCCCAUCGUUUAAUGCAGCGCGCGCCAAUGGACCUGAAUGAGAGACCUAUCACUUCUUGGACAAUCGAUAUGCUCUUCCGGGACUUCCUGGGCAGAAGAGCCGGCUUGAUCAAGGCUCUCACCACUGGUCUUUCUUUCCUCUCUGUUUUCUUGGAAGUUUUAGCAGCCCUUGUUGUUCUUGAUCCCUUUCCCAGUUCUUGCUGCUUUUCUGUUAACGUGUGUUUUGUUCUUGAUGGUGAUGUUGCAGAUUUUAUUAAGUUCUAUGAGCAGUGCGAUCCAGAAAAACCCUACAUGUGUCUUUAUGGGUAUCCUAAUGAGACUUGGGAAGUAAAGGAAGCUCCUGUUGUUCCCCACGAAUUUCCUGAACCAUCCUUAGGGGUUAACUUCGCCAAAGAUGAGAUGAAAUUGAAGGACUGGAUUGCUCAUAUUGCAAUCCAUAGCGAUAUAUGGAUUUACUCUUAUGCCUUCUAUAUUGCUGCACGUUCUGGCUUUGAUAAUGAGACCAGGUCACGGCUUUUCAAUAUGAUAAAUAGUAAUCCUACUAUAUAUGAGGUUGUAUUUGGAACUGUGAAGAUGCCCAAGACCCUCAGUAAGAGCAACGAGGGUGAAUCGAGCUCCAAAAGUGGUUCAGGACUACAAAAUCUGGGGUUGCCUCUGUCUCUGAUAGAAAAGGAAGAGGAAGAUGAGGAUGAUGUUGAACUAUACACAAUGGGAGACGACACUAGCAGUAUCAUAUGCGGUGCUUGUGGAAACAGGUUUGCUUUUGGCGAAUCCUGGAUAUUUUGCAACAUGUGUGUGACAUGGUAUCAUGGACGGUGUGUGAAGACUACACCUGAACGGUAUGAACGACUCAAGGAUUAUAGGUGCCCAAGAUGCUGUCGUCAAAAGAGAACGGGGACCUAAAACUAUCUGGUUGUUUCAGAUGGUAGCUUAAGAUGAUCUACUGAUACCUUUUGUUUUUCCUUUUUCUUUUCUGUUCGUCGUGUCACAUUUUAUAGGUACAUAGUUUCAUCAGUCUCUAUGGAGUCUGCUCGAA